AGUGUGUCCAGAUUUCACAACCCUUCAGAUUUACUCUUCUCUCUCUUUCUUCAUUGUCAUGUAUUUGUUUCUCAAGUCGCACAUCAAUAAUACAUACCUACCUUCGCCGCUUAAAGCGAAAUACCACCUACCUUAGGCAAGCGUCAGCCAUAACCUCACGCAAACACUCGUUCGCAAUGUCCCCCAAAAUCUUAUCAGACUCCGAGUCCCACAUGAACCAGUCUCUCUCCUCUCCAGGAGAUACGCCGUCGUCAUCAACUGAUCGUAAAGUGUCGGUCUUCACCGAAAAUUAUCCUUACGAGCCUCUCCCGUCCGAUAGACACAUCCGCCUCCUCCGCUUUGAGCCCCCAGUAUCCUCUUCUACUCAAAACAUUCCACUCAUCUCAGCUACACUUCAAGUCAGCUGGGCAGGUCCAGGAUGUCGUGAUCCUUCCUCCUACCAACCGUAUAAAGCCCUCUCUUAUGAAUGGGGCUCUCCCCCUUCAAACCCCUCAGACGCUCGGACGAUGCUUCUCGACAACCACCCCAUCCAUAUCCGCCAAAAUCUUCAUGACGCUCUUCACAGCAUCCUCCACAACCAUGAAAAACUCUAUGGUACAUCACCUUUCUAUCUUUGGGUGGACGCCCUUUGCAUUAACCAGCUUGAUGAUCGGGAAAAGGGCCGCCAGGUCCAGUUGAUGAAAACCAUCUACGAGGCCGCAGAGAUGGUGAUUGUUUGGUUGGGAAAGGGAACAGCGUGCACUGAUGAAGCUAUGGCAUUACUGAAGAUGAAAGAAGGGGAUCUACAUAAGUAUGUCAGAGAAGGGAAUCUUAGCUGGAAGGAACGUCAGGGGCUCACGGACCUAUAUUGCGACGCGACAUACUGGAGGAGAGUAUGGAUCUUGCAGGAGUUUGCACUGGCAAGGGACUAUGUGAUUUUAUGCAAUCGGGCAUUUGUUACGAAGGAAUGUUUCGAGUCGGGGCUGAGUAUUGCCAAAUGGUGGUCAAUAAGAGGGCCUCGAGACAAGUCGGGCACUGAGGCGCAUACGAACUGGCCAGCGCAGGAUUUAGUCUACAGAGCUCCGGUGGAACGAAUGAUUGCGCUUGGCGGCUUGCUCGCAAGGACACCAGGGCCAACCCUUGAUAACUGGCUGGAUAUAGUGUGCAUUCACGGUUUCAAGGCAACAGAUCCCAGGGAUUAUGUCUUCGCAAUAUUGGGGAUCUCGCGUGAUGGAGACGAGAUAGUGCCCGACUAUGAGCUGUCAACGACAGAGGUAUAUUGUAUGGCUAUCUCAACCCGGGAAGCGAGGUCUAGAAUCUCGUACGAUGAGAACUUCUCCUACCGAGAUUGGGCAGAUCUCAUGGGAAUUUCACGGGAUCGGGCCCGGAAACUACAGCAAAAACUGGAAGAAGAAGAGGAAGAUAUGUCAAGCCUAGAAGAUCAGGACAUGUGGGAUUCAGAUCUUGAGUUCAUUUGAUCCUCUGAACUUGGGGUUACUAUGUUUGAGAUACCAAAGUUUCCAAUACGCUUUCCUCUUCGACAAAAACAAAUUCCCGGGCUACAAAUCACACUAUAUUUGCGAGUUGCGUACACUCUCUCUAACUUGGCUCUAAUAUAACUUCCUAUACAAUAGAUCAAUGCCAGAACCACUUGCAUUUAUGGGUACAAUACCCUCAGUUUCAUGUUUCCUACUCAGACAAACGGUCUCCCCGGUUUCUCUCACGUCUUGUGUGCCUCUGAAUACAAGUACAUCUGAAAUUCUUUCCUCGAGGCUCGUCUUCCAAAAAUGUUUAUACUAUGCCUCAGGGUUCGAUGCAUCAAGUAUUCUGUUCGCUGAAUAGUAUCGAUUAUUGGAACAUAACACACGUGUUCGUGAUAGGCCAGCCAUGUACCAGCUUAU